UUCAGUCUUCGUUGAUAACAGAGGAGAGAGAGAGAGAGAGAAGAAGCUUCACAAUCGCAACAAUGGCGGAGAAGACGCCAUUUCUCAAACUUCUCCCUCUUCUUCUUCUGCUUCUCCUUCACUUCCCUUUAUCAUCCUCUACCAUACCUCUCGGCUCUGUUAUUUUCGCCUCCGGUUCCAACCAGAAUUGGCCAUCUCCAAAUUCCACUUUCUCCGUCUCCUUUGUUCCAGCUUCUUCACCUAAUUCAUUCCUCGCCGCCGUUUCUUUCGCCGGAAACGUUCCGAUAUGGUCAGCGGGAACCGUUGACUCACGAGGAUCUCUUCGUCUUCUCACCUCCGGCUCCCUCCGCCUCACCAACGGCUCCGGAACCACCAUCUGGGAUUCCGGAACAGAUCGUCUCGGUGUUACUUCCGGUUCGAUUGAAGAUUCCGGUGAAUUUAUUCUCCGCAACAACCGAAGCAUUCCGGUUUGGUCUUCCUUCGAUAAUCCGACGGAUACAAUCGUCCAAUCGCAGAAUUUCACCGUCGGUAAGAUUCUCCGAUCUGGUCUUUACUCGUUUCAGUUAGAGACAAGUGGGAAUCUUACUCUUAGGUGGAACACUAGCACGAUUUACUGGAAUCUUGGUCUCAAUUCUUCGAUUAGCUCGAACCUAUCGUCUCCGAGCUUAGGUUUAGUAUUACGGACUAAUGGAGUUGUGUCGAUCUUCGAUUCGAAUCUUCGUGGCGGAGUUGACACCGUUUACAGUGGCGAUUACGGUGAUAGCGAUACUUUUAGGUUCUUGAAGUUGGAUGAUGGGAAUUUGAGAAUUUACAGUUCUGCGAGUAGAAACAGUGGACCUGUGAAUGCUCAUUGGUCUGCUGUUGAUCAGUGCCUUGUUUAUGGAUAUUGUGGGAACUUUGGGAUUUGUAGUUACAACGAUACUAAUCCGAUUUGCUCGUGUCCGUCUGGUAACUUUGAUUUUGUUAAUGUGAAUGAUAGAAGAAAGGGAUGCAGAAGAAAAGUGGAGCUAAGUGAUUGCUCUGGCAACACAACCAUGCUUGAUUUGCCUCACACAAGGUUAUUUACUUACGAAAACGAUCCAAACUCGGAAAUUUUCUUUGCGGGUAGUUCGCCUUGUCGAGCUAAUUGUCUUAGUAGCGUUACUUGUCUUGCUUCUGUCUCGAUGUCUGAUGGGUCAGGCAAUUGUUGGCAAAAACAACCCGGUUCCUUCUUUACCGGGUAUCAGAGGCCAUCGGUUCCGAGUACUUCUUAUGUUAAAGUGUGUGCUCCAGUGGUUUCUAACCCACCUUUGAUUGCAACAAAAGUUGACAGUAACAACUCGAAAGUGCAUUUGUGGAUUGUCGCAGUUGCUGUAAUGGCUGGGCUUCUUGGUUUGGUUGCAGUAGAGGUAGGUCUCUGGUGGUGUUGCUGUAGAAAGAAUCCUCGGUUUGGAACUUUGUCGUCUCACUACACUUUGCUUGAGUACGCUUCUGGUGCACCUGUGCAGUUUACCUAUAAGGAGCUGCAGCGUUGCACCAAAAGUUUCAAAGAGAAGCUUGGAGCUGGAGGGUUUGGAACUGUGUAUAAAGGCGUGCUCACAAAUAGAACCGUGGUUGCAGUGAAGCAACUCGAGGGAAUAGAGCAAGGAGAAAAGCAGUUUAGGAUGGAGGUUGCUACCAUUAGCAGCACACACCAUCUGAAUCUAGUCAGACUGAUCGGGUUUUGCUCCCAGGGAAGACACAGGCUUCUCGUCUAUGAGUUCAUGAGAAACGGAUCUCUCGAUAACUUCCUGUUUACUACUGAUUCAGGGAAGUUCUUGACUUGGGAGUAUCGGUUUAGCAUUGCGCUUGGGACGGCAAAGGGAAUAACUUACCUCCACGAGGAGUGCCGCGACUGCAUUGUACACUGCGACAUUAAACCCGAGAACAUUCUCGUGGAUGACAAUUACGCUGCCAAAGUCUCAGACUUUGGACUCGCCAAACUCUUGAACCCAAAAGACAACAGAUACAACAUGAGCAGCGUUAGAGGAACAAGAGGCUAUUUAGCUCCUGAAUGGCUCGCAAAUCUUCCCAUAACCUCAAAAUCGGAUGUCUAUAGCUAUGGAAUGGUUCUACUAGAGCUAGUCAGCGGAAAAAGGAACUUUGAUGUCUCGGAGAAAACGAACCACAAGAAAUUCUCGAUAUGGGCAUACGAGGAGUUUCAAAAGGGCAACACCGAGGCAAUCCUAGACACACGUUUAGGCGAAGAUCAAACAGUUGAUAUGGAACAAGUGAUGAGAAUGGUUAAGACAAGCUUUUGGUGCAUACAAGAGCAGCCAUUGCAGAGGCCGACAAUGGGGAAAGUGGUUCAAAUGCUAGAAGGAAUCACAGAGAUAAAGAACCCGCCAUGUCCAAAGACCAUAAGCGAAGUAUCGGUUUCAGGGAACAGUAUGAGCACAAGCCGUGCAUCUAUGUUGGUUGCUUCAGGUCCGACUCGAUCAUCCUCUUCGUCUGCUACACGGUCGUUUCAGACAAUGGGGAUCACAUCGUCUGGACCGGCUUCCACUAGGAUCAGUGAAGGCUCUAUGCUUGGAUCAUAAAAAUUGUUGUAUUGUGAUUAGUAAUGUCUAGAUUUAUUUUAAUUUACUUAUUGCAUACGUUAUAAUUGUAUAGGAACACUGCAAAGGGAAUAAUUAUUUUUCUUUUUUUUGAUAAAAUGCAUAUUCAAAGCUGUGGAAUGGUUUUAA